UCAGCGGCAACAGCAUCAGCAGCACCGCGGUCCAUCAAUCGCGGGAUCAAUCGUUGUUCGUUAAACGCGAGUGUGUUUUGUUUUUUUUUUUGUCAGUUGGCAGCUAUUGCCUGAAGUGUGGCGCUUCGGUACAUGCGCGCGCGCGCUCGAACUUUACACCUAGUGCGAUCGUUCGUGCGUAAUUCAUUAACAAUCACAAGUUCCAACCUGUUCCACGAAUUCUCCCGUGCAUCCGUUGUAGAUAUUAAUCACUAAUCGCGGGCGCAACCCUUUAUCAGCGCCUGCUGCGCUUCGCGAAUCGCUUGAUCAGUGUUGCGAAUAUUAUAGAUAAAACAAGCCCCCCCCCCCCCCCCCGUCCAGGAUGCAGUUCGCAGUAACGCCACGAAAUGAGGGGCUACCGCCACCGCCACCUCCCCCGAAACCCACGAAACAGAGUGCUGGCGAAUCGAUGGGCACGAGCGCGACAAUCCCGGCACCGACGACAGGUAGCUGGGCGAACGGCACCAAGGACGACGGUACGGUCGCAGUAGCGCCCCGGACGCUGGACGAAGAACAGGUUGUGAUGACACCGCUGGGCAAGACGAACACCUCCACGGUGCUGAUGAUCGAGCGCAAGCUCGUGCAGGCCGUCGGCGAUCGGACGCACGUGGCCGGCGGCGAUCAUCGCGGUAUCAUCAUCAACAAGGAUACGACGACCGCGGACGCAGGUAAAGCGGCCAGCGCACGGGAACCGGCGCAUCUGAUGCUGGAGUUUCGGGUGUUUCUCGUCAGCGCCAACACUGGGCAGCACACGCAGGAGUCGCGUCGCAUCAAGUUCUGGUUCCGGCCGUGGCUAACCUCGGACGAGGUGCAGGCCCAAGUAGCGCAAGACUUUUUCCGCGAGCUCGUCAGCCCCAAGGAGUUCCCGAGAGAUUACGUUGGAUUCAUUAAGAAGCUUAUGAAACUACUGCAAAAGGGUUACAACGAGCUGCAGGCGAUCGAGGUGGAGCUGCGAAUGCUGGAGCAGACGUCGGCCCCCCCGUCACGACCACCUCGUCCCGGUCAUGUGAUCUUUUGCUAUGGCAACUGCCACAAACUCGAUAGGAAUAAUAACCAAAAAGGGCCCAACGUCGGUCGGGUUGAUGGUGAUGAUUUUGGGGAUGGUGGUGGCAGUGGUGGUGAUGGCGGUGGUGGUGAAGGUGAAGACCAUUCUAGUGGCAACAGCAUACACGUUACCCCUGCCCACGACUAUCAACAGCGCCAGCAACAGCAACAUCAGCACCAGCACGAAUGCUACGGGAACGAAGACGAUCACAAUAUGAUAGGAGUGUCUUACGAGGAUAUGCAGUUCGAAGUGGUACCGCUGACGCCGGUGAAAAUCUUAGAGCUAAUCGAGCAGGCCUACCCGAACCCUAUUACGCCGGAAGAUUUGGCGAAGGAUUAUGGCUGGGAUGAGGCGGAAGUUUUAGAAAUCAUCCUGCUACUGAAGGAGCGCGGGCUGAUUAAAUCGAUGGAGUACAACUCAUACACCCGCAUACACCAUGACGACCAGGAAAUCAAAAUUGUCAAGCAAAUGCCAACGAUCACCUCUAACAACCAGCCAACGAUUGCCAUCAUCACGGCACAGUACUGCGAGAAGCUAGCAGUCGAUGCGAUGAUAGAGAACAAGGAAACGUUCGUGCGCUACACAACUGUUGGCCAUAGUCCCGAAAAGUCAAUUAACGGUCAGGAGCAGCCAAGGCGAAGAAUGAAUCGGUUUGGAGAAUCCAACGUGUACACGCUCGGCAGCAUUGGGGCACAUCGGAUCGUGAGCACUAAGUUACCAUCCGUCGGCAGCACGCGAGAGGCUAUGACAGCCGCUGGUAAUACGACAACGCGUCUGCUGGGUACAUUCCAGAAGGUAGACUACGUGUUCAUCGUGGGGGUAGCGGGGGGUGUCCCGCAUUACACGGACUACCGUAAGCACGUGCGACUAGGAGAUGUGGUUAUUGCCGCCUCGCCGGCUGCCGAUUCGAACGCCCUUGGCGCACAAUCAUCCCAGAAGUUAUACUGCUACGUCUACAACAAUCAAGGAGACGUGAAGAAGUACUACCCGAAGAAUGAUGAUUUGCAGGCGAUUGGCCGAUCCCUGGUGAACAGCAAUGGUGACACGAGAAAACCGUGGGUCGACUACGCACGCGAAGGGUUGCUACAUUUGAGUGGCCGGAGUGAAAAUGAUUUCUCGCGACCGGACCCGAGCACCGACAAGCUGUACAUGAACAUUGGAAACAAGGACGUUAUCCAGGUUGCCCACCCGAUGGCAUUGCAGGAGGAAGCUGUAGAUGGGGUGGACAGCGGUACCCAAUCACGACUCCACUUAGGUCCGAUCGGAUCCGGCUAUGAUCUCGUCCGUUCGGACAGUGCUCGCACGGAGUAUGCACAGGCGCACGGUCUACUGGCAACCGAUGUCGAGAUGAACUCCGUGCUCGACAGCAUUGUGGGCAACUGCCGCGACAGCUUCAUCCUAGUGAAGGGCAUCUCGGACUACAAGGAUGGUACGACGUCUAAGAAGUGGCAAAACCAUGCCGCUCUUGCCGCAGCCGCUGUCAUGAAAACGAUAAUUUGUGCCAUGGAUGCGCCUAACAUAUAAGAAGCACAUCCAGCAACAAUACCAACCGGUUAAUGCUGAUGUUUCCAAAUGUUUUGGACCCAACACCUCAUCCUGUUUAAAUAUUAUUCGUUUUUACGCUUCUAAGCGUACCGUCACUCGGUACUCUUCGAUCCCAAAACUAAACAAAGCAUGAAUAGUGGAGCGUAUGUGGAAAAAUUUCUGUAGCUGGAUGAGGAAGACUGUGUGGAACGAACGUGUGUGUUGGGAGGAACGAUCGAGGAACGUGUGUGUUGGGGCUGUGAAUCGAAACAAAGCAAACCAAAAUCUACCAUUGCUUCUACGUGUUUGUAUUUGAGUGUAUUUUUUAAAUAUAUAUAUUUAAAUAUAUAUGUAUAUACAUAUAUAUAU